AUGAAUAAAUAUUUAAUAUUUUUAAGAUCAAUAAAUAUUGCUUCACAAAAUUUAAUUAAAAUGAAAGAAUUAAAAGAAGAAUUAAGUAAAGUUAAAUCAAUUAAAAAAAUUGAAACAUAUAUUCAAACUGGUAAUUUAAUAAUAGAAUCAUUAGAAAGUAAAAUUGUAAUUAAAAAUGAUGUAAUAAAUAUUUUAUCAGAAAAGUUUUCAGUUAAAGAUCCUAAAUUAGCUAUUUAUAAUAUUGAAGAAUAUAAAGAUAUAAUUUCAUCUAAUCCAUUUGAUCUUUCAAUACCAAAAUCAGUUUUUGUUUUUUUCCCAACUGGUGAGUCAUUAGAUCAAUGUGAAUAUGAAAAAGAAAAAUCUGGAAUGACUGAAAAAAGUAAAUGGGAAUUAAUUAAUGGUAUUAUUUAUUAUUUUGGUAAACAAUGUGGCCCAUCCUCUGAAUUAACUUCUGGAUUUAAAUCAUUAAAUAAAAAAAUAAAAAAUUUACCUCAUACUGCUAGAAAUUUUAAUACUGUAAGAAAAAUAUUAGAACUUGCAAAUAAAUAA